CGCUGGGCAGCAGGACUCAUCCCUGCACCUCUGCAAAGACCCAGCGCGAUGCCGCUCAAGAAACCCGACCCGAAGAAGGAAGCAGCCAAACCGGCUGCAGCGCCGGAGCCACUGAGAGAGCCUGCCUUCGAUCCCAAGAGCGUGAAGAUUGAAUUCACUGCAGAGCAGAUCGAAGAGUUCAAAGAAGCCUUCAGCCUGUUUGACCGGACGCCCACGGGAGCCAUGCAGAUCACCUACGCGCAGUGCGGGGACGUCCUACGGGCGCUUGGUCACAACCCCACCAACGCAGAGGUCCUGAAGGUGCUGGGCAAGGCCAAACCAGAAGAAAUGAACACAAAGACGCUGGACUUCGAGACCUUCCUCCCCAUCCUGCAGCACUUCACCCGCAACAAGGAGCAGGGCACCUUCGAGGACUUUGUGGAAGGGCUGCGUGUCUUCGACAAAGAGGGCAACGGCAUGGUGAUGGGGGCCGAGCUGCGCCAUGUGCUGGUCACGCUGGGGGAGAAGAUGACAGAAAACGAGGUGGAGCAGCUCAUGGCAGGGCAAGAAGAUGCUAAUGGCUGUAUCAACUAUGAAGCUUUUGUCAAGCACAUCAUGUCUGGCUGAAAGAAGAAACUUCAGGUGAGUUUAUCAGGGUCUCCUGCUGCUUACUCUGAAAUUGGAAAUCCUGCAUAUGACAGCCAGGGGCAGAGGAACCAAAACCCAAACCCCACAAGCAACCCUGCAGCGGACCAAUGCCACAGGAAUAAUCCCAGCUCUGAAAGCACAAAAAGCUGUGUUCAUGAUAACAAACCUCAUUUGUAACUCGUGCUGUUUAAAAUUUAUCGGGACAGCA